GUUCUGUCGGAGCCACAAUGGCGUCCGCGUUCUGAGUCAAGAACCGAAAAAGGCGGGAUCGUGACUGUCCAAUGGGAGAGAGAGCUGCGAGAAAAUGCGAAGGGAAAUAACAGAGACGCUUGGCUGCUGUGGUACAGUGUCUUGUUUCAGCAACGUUAAACUAAAGAGCGGCGGCGACAUUUCUCACAUGCUGGGAUCAAACUAUGCACCUGUGCUAGUUUAGCUUCCAGUCACACAGCGAGGCUGUGACCUGUGACCCGGCGGUUGUAGGAUCAUGGCGCAGUGGGAGAGUCUGCUGAAGCUGCCUGCCAGCUACAGACUGCAGCUGGAUGAUCUGUACGACAGGGACUUCCUACCUAUGGAUGUCAGACACCACCUGUCAGCUUGGAUAGAGAAGCAGGACUGGCAAAGAGCGACCCAGGACCACGCCUUGGCGAGUGUGCUGUUGCAGGUGCUCCUGGAGAAUCUGGAUAUCCAACACAGCCGCUUUGUCCAGGAGGAGUUGUUCUUACAGCAGCACAACAUCAGGCGUUACAAGCACAAGUUUCAGAUGCACCAAGAUGAUCCCUGUAAAUUGGCGAGCACCAUCCACUGGUAUCUGGAAAAGGAAAAGGAAAUUCUUAAGGAUGUGACUUUGGAUGAACAGGUCCAGCGCUUGACAGUUACUCAGGAAAGCAUGGAGAUAAGCUGCCAGCAAGACCUUGAGUGUAAAAUGUCAAGUCUGAAGAAUGAAGUACAGUGCAUGGAACAUGCAGUCAUAUGCCUGGAAGAGCAGCAAGAUGAGUUUGAUUUUAAAUACCAAACCCACAUGCUGGAAGCAGCCACAGCAGACGAGGCCCUGAAAAAGGAGCAGUUUAAAACUCUUCAGAUGCUUGUCAAUAAACUCAACGAGUGUAGAAAGAGCAUACUGAUGGAUAUGAAUAAGCUUCUGGAUCGAGUUGAGGGUCUGAUUCACCGUUUGGUGGAUAAGGAGCUCAUUGACUGGAAGAGGAGGCAGCAGAAAUCCUGUAUUGGCGCUUCAGACAACGUUUGCUUGGAUCAGAUGGAGAAAUGGUUCACCGGUGUGGCCGUGUGCCUUUUCCAGAUGCUGGAGUUCUUGAAAAAGCUGGAUGAGCUUGUAGGGAAAAUGACGUAUGAAAAUGACCCAGUGAAAGCCCAGAAACCUGCACUGCAGACCAGAACAAACUCCCUCCUACAAACAUUACUCAAAAGUUCAUUUGUUGUGGAGACUCAGCCUUCCAUGCCUCAAGGAAAAGGCCCUUUGGUUCUGCGCACAAAUGUCCAGUUCUCUGCCAAGACAAGAAUUCUGGUCAAGUUUCCUGAGCUGAACCACUCCAUGACAGUGGCCGUAUCCAUGGACAGGGAGGUUCCUCAGAUUAAAGGAUACCGACGUUUUAACGUCCUGGGAACCAGAACUAAAGCACUGAACAUGGCUGAGAGCCAUAGUGGUGGAAUGGUGGCAGACUUUAGACAUCUGUCCUUGAGGGAGCAGAAAUCUGCAAGUGGAGGCAAAGGAGUUAGUGAUAUUUCACUGAGUGUUACGGAGGAGCUGCACCUGAUUUACUUCGACACACUGUUUGAACUGAAAGGCUUUUCAGUCCAGUUACAGACCUGCUCCCUGCCUGUGGUGAUAAUCUCCAACUCCAGCCAACAGCAGAGCGCCUGGGCAUCCAUCCUCUGGUGCAACAUGCUUAGCCAGGACCACAAGGAUGUGAUGUUCUUUGCCAACACUCCUGCUGCCCCGUGGCCACAGUUUGCAGAAAUGUUGAGCUGGCAGUUUCUUUCGGCCACCAAGCGCGGUCUGGACGGCGCUCAGCUGGAAAUGAUCGCACACAGGCUUUUUGGAAAACAAGAAAACUAUGACACCUGCAAUGUAACUUGGUCAAAAUUUAGUAAGGAGAACACACCUGAAUCAUUCUGGGUGUGGUUUGAUGGGAUCUUGGUGAUGGUGAAAAUGUACCUGGAAGAUCUGUGGAGGGAAGGACUCAUCAUGGGUUUUGUGAACAAGAGCAAAGAGAAGUCUCUUCUGAAGAAGAAGCAGAGGGGCACGUUCCUGUUGCGCUUCAGUGAAAGUGUCAUUGGAGGAAUCACCUUCUCCUGGGUGGAAAUCGGCUCUACUGGGAAUCCUAAAAUAAAGACAGUCCAGCCUUUCACCAAAGUUGACCUCUCCCAGAUUCCCUUUCAUGAAAUCAUAAGGAAUUUCCAGAUCUUAGAGGCUGAAAACGUUCCAGAAAAUCCUCUGCUGUACCUGUAUCCCAACAUUCCAAAAGACGAUGCUUUUGGGAAGUUCUACACAGAAAAGACUGGAGAUGACAGUCCCUACAUAAAGUACAUCAAAACCAAGUUGAUGUUUGUUUCAAAGGAGAACGCCCUGGAGGCUAGGUCCUCUGACAUGGAACAAGGCGCAGGCCCGGAGCCACAGACCGGCCUGUAUGGAGAGGGGGCUGAUCAAGUUGAUUAUCCAGAGCCUCUAGAGUCCACGCUGGAAACGUAUUCACCUGACCCCAUGCUGAGCAGCUCUGCCGAACCCCAGACUGAUGAGUUACUGCAGUACCUCAACAACCCCAACAACUUCAGCGCCGACUUCCUGCCAUCCGACUCGGCGCUGCCUGAUUUAAACCUCUCCUCAUUUAUCAGUAUGCCCAUCCAAGCCUGUGGAGGCAUUUACCUUUGAAAUGUUUAUACACAGCGCUGUGUUUCACUCCAAUAUUUCUACAGGUAAUCAUGGUAAAAACUAUGUCAUGUUGGUUGACAAUCAAACAUAAGCAUUAUCAUUUGUUCGUAAUUCUCUUGUAGUAACUCAGAGUUCAUAGAUUCCUGGUCUGGUGGUGAUUGAAUGAGCUGGACUCUUCCACUCUAAUAUAGCAUUUUGGUGUCUUCUAACAAAUGAAUGAUUCUCAGAAAAUAACUGGAGAGGAAACGAUGUAUAAAGCACCUAAAUACCCCAACAUCUGAUUUUAAGUUAUUGUAGUUUUGUGAUGUUUCUAGCUAUCUUUGUUGGCAAAUUUUUUAAUCACAUUGUUUGCUCUUCCAUUAACCCUCUUGCUGAAAUAAAAAUAAAAGUCUUAUUUUUCUCUAA